CUACCAUUAGUAAGUAAGGAUACUGGGUUAACCAUAAUAUCCUCCUUGACAAACUUGAAACUUAUGGUGUCACUAGUCCUCCAUUAAAAUUUUUGAAAUCGUAUUUACUGAAUAGGCAUCAAAUUCUUAGCUGUGGGGGCUGUUUUUCUGGCUUAAGAACAUUUGCCCAAGGCGUGCCUUAGGGCUCCAUUUGAGGUCCGCUACUGUUUAUAAUGUACGUCUCUGAAUUCUUAUUACUGUCUGGAUUGAUAAGUAUCGUGAUCGUUUGCAUAUGCAUAAUCUACAAGAGCUUCUCUUGCUGAUGUUCCUUUGAACUCUUUACAGUGACUACACAAAUGACUCGUCAUACGUCUGUGAUGAGCUGAACGAUGAUGACAGUGACCCUGAGCCACCUGUACAGGAAAUGUGUGCUGAAGAUGGGGUGACUACAAAGAAAUACAUUGUUUUUGAAUCCUGCUUGAUGGAACUGUUGAAGCGUUGCCGGGUGUGUGGAGCAUCCGAAAGCAGAGUAGACAUUGCGGCAACAGGAACAAUGAUUUCUGCUACCAUAAAGUGUGCCAAAAACCAUGAAACGAAGUGGUCGAGUCAGCCGAUGGCCAAAGGAAAGGCUCUUGGCAAUUUGUUGUUGUGCUGCGCCAUUCUAUUCACUGGGAGCAGUCCAACCAAAGUGAUUCGCCUGUUGUCAGUUAUGGGAGUGCAGUCACUUCAAAAGACACAGUACUUCCAGUACCAAAGGUGCUACCUACUUCCAGCGGUUGAGCAGGCAUGGCAGUCCCAGCAGAAGUCUGUCAUUGAAGAGGCCAGACACCAGCCACGCUCACUAGCAGGUGAUGGCAGAUGUGACACGCCUGGCCACUCCGCAGACUUUGGCACUUACACGUUGUUGGACACUGAGCUGAACAAAAUAAUGCACACUGAGCUUGUCAAGUCAACAGAAGUUUCUUCAAGCAACAAAAUGGAGAAAGAAGGUCUGGAGAGAGCCCUCGAUCAUCUGAUUGAGCUGGGACUUCACAUCGAUUCCCUGGUGACGGAUCGGCAUUGUGAAAUUAAGGCUUUCAUGAGAACCCAGCACCCAAUGAUAUGCCACUUGUUUGACCUGUGGCAUAUUGCAAAAGGCUUGAAGAAGAAGAUGAUCGCCCUCGGGCGGUUGAAACAACAUGGGACUGUAAUCGGGUGGCGAAAGACCGUCAUUCGGCACCUUUAUUGGUGUGCAGUAAACAGUCAUGGCAAUGAAAAGUUGUUUCUGGCAAGAUGGCUGUCUAUUCUCCGCCACAUCGUGAAUGUGCAUGACCACCCUGACCCGCUCCACCCAUCCUGUUUUCACGGCGAGAUGCCAGAACGUGACUGGCUGGUUGAAGGAUCAGAGUCAUUCCAACGCCUGAAAGCAAUUUUGGCAGCACCACACCUUCUGCGGGACCUUCCCCGGGCAUCACACAAGGCCCAGACGUUUGGCCUAGAGGCCUUUCAUAGCCUGCUCAUCCACUUCGCCCCUAAGAGCAGCAAGUUCACCUACGAAGGCAUGCUGGCAAGAACAAAAAUUGCCGCUCUCCAUUACAACGAGAACAGCGGCAGGGACAUACUCACCGACCCCAGUGGUGCAGAGAGAAUUUCACAGAGAUUCUCUCGAGGGGAAAAAGAAUGGACUGUAGUGCCAGUGAAACAGAAUGCAGGCUACGGGUACAUAUCCGUCCUGUUAACCAACGUGAUGGACUGCCUGGAGAAGUGGCCAUCGUUUUCAACUGCUGAGCAAGCAUCUGUGCGAAGGCAUCAUGAGACGCUUUCAUCUAAGUAUGGUCCCAAACCACGAAAGGAAGAGGCAAGGAAGAAGCAGUACUCACGCUUUGCGCCUAAGUGAAACAUCAGUCCUGCUGAGAUCAUAAAUAGCACUA